UCCGGUUCCGGGUGUGGGGAGCGAUGCGGGGACCGGCGGCGCGGACGGAGCGGAGGGGCACGAGAAUGAAGAAAACGCCCGAAAUAAAGGCGGCGAAAAAAGCGAGGAAGCCGCCUCGAGCGGGCGAGGCGCCGAAAAUGGCGAAAGCGAAGGCUCCGAAGCGGGCGGAGGAGGAGGCGGAGGCGGAGCGGCGCGCCCGGCACCUGAGGGCUGUGAGCGGCGCGGCGGGCGCCGAGCGGGAGCUGGAGGAGCUGGUGUUCGGCGACAGCCUCAGAGUGGAGGAGGACGAGCUGCUGCGGCGCCUGGGCGGGCCCCCGAGGGUUGCUGCCACGGAGGGGAAAAGUCUCCAAGCAGACUCCAGCGACUCAGAGGUAGAAAAUGAAGCGAAAGGCGACUUGUUGCCCAAACAGCCGGCCUGGGUGGAUGAGGAUGAUGAAGCCGAGGAAAAUGUUGACAUGACCCAUAAAUACAGGAAGGAUUUCAUGAAAAGCGAUGCUGAGAAGACACUUACUAAGAAAAAACUGAAAAGAAGACUUGAGGAACAGUUUCAGCAAGCCAUGGGAGGAGUUCCUGCCUGGGCUAAUCUAGAAAACAGGAAGAAAUCCAAAAGGACUUCAAGCGAUAGUGAGAGUGAUGAAGAUGAUGAUCUGCUACGCAGGACAGGCAAUUUCAUAUCGAGCUCAGAGUCCCUGCCAAGAGGAAUUUUGAAGAUGAGCACCUGCCUGCCUGCAAACCAGGAACGCUUUGCCAAUGGAAAACUGGUGACGGUGCAGUUCCAUCCUUCAGCUCAAGUGGUCAUGACUGCAGGACAUGAUCGGUCUGUGUCACUCUUCCAGGUGGAUGGUAUAAGGAAUCCAAAAAUACAGAGCAUCUAUUUGGAGAGUUUUCCAAUUUACAAGGCUCGUUUCAGUGUUGAUGGAGAACAAGUUAUAGCCACUGGUACUCACCACAGCAUGUUCUUCGUGUAUGACAUGAUGGCUGGAAAUAUUAUCCCCAUACCCAAAGUACGAGGUGUGGAGGAAAGAUUUCUCAGAAACUUCGAGCUUUCUCCAGAUGGAUCACUUAUGCUGCUAAUUGGAACCUCGGGUUACCUUCACUUGCUGUCGAUGAAGACAAAGGAACUGAUCAGCACUAUGAAGGUAAAUGGAAGGUGCACUGCAUCUGCUUUCACUCCAGACAGCAGUAAAAUAUACAGCUAUUCAAAGGAAGGUGAAGUUUUCAUUUGGGAUGUGAGAAGCAGGAAGUGUCUACACAAAUUUGAAGAUGAAGGUUCUUUGGAAGGAACGUGCAUUGCUCUUUCAAAAAACAACCAGUAUGUGGCAUGUGGUUCAUCUUCAGGGGUUGUAAAUUUAUACACCACUGAUGUCUGCCUCAAGGAACACCGUCCUAAGCCAGUUAAAGCCGUAAUGAACCUUGUUACUUCUGCCACCUGUGUGACCUUCAACCCCACCACGGAAAUUUUGGCAGUGGCUUCCCGUGAUGCUGAUGAGGCUGUGAAAUUGGUGCACAUUCCUUCAUAUACCGUGUUCUCAAACUUCCCGGUGUUCAGAAGAAAACAGAUUUAUCUUGCUCAGUCUAUGGACUUCUCUCCCAGAAGUGGCUAUUUCUCUGUGGCAAAUAACAAAGGCAAAGCCUUGUUAUUUAGGCUGAAGCAUUAUUCAUCUUUUUAAAAGAAGAUACAGGAGAAAAUGGACCAGUAGCUGAGGUGUUGUAACCUGCAGAUACGAGUAUGCUGACAAAAUCAAACAAGUCUUAUUUAUAUGGAAGCUGCAAAAUACUAAUAGAACAUCUGUAUUUUUGAAUGUUGGGGUUUUUUAAUAAAGAUACCUAUUAAGUUGCCAGGAAA